CACCAUAACGCCCAAACCUCUAGUGGCCUAGCAAAUACCGCGACGCCACAAAACUUUUGCCUAGGUGCGACUUCGGAUCUUGGUCUCUCUUCCAACUCCAUACUCCUUUCGCCUAGAAAUGGUAUUAGAUCUAGCAUCUUCCACCUUAUUCAAUAUGGCAGCUAAGCCAAUUGUCAGCUAUUUGGGCCCGACAGCCUCAUACUCAGAGCAGGCGGUCCGACAGGUCUUUUCCGAAGAUUAUUGGCAACUAAAGCCGGUAGUAACGAUUGAUGACAUUUUUGACGAAGUCCAGUCUGGCAGAACGCUACUCGGUGUCGUGCCUUUUGAAAACUCCUCCAAUGGCCCUGUCGUUUUCACUCUCGACGAUUUUGCCGACCGCGAUAAAAAGUACAGCGACAUUGCGGUGAACGGCGACAUCUAUGUCGACGUUCACCACUAUCUCCUCGGCCACAUCGCCAGCGCUGCCGCCCCCGCCGCUGAGCACGACGGCACAUCUACCCCAACAGCUUCCGACCCGAACCCAACGAAGCCCAAGGCUACGCCGCUUACCAACCUGGACAAGAUCAAGCGAGUGUAUUCGCACCCACAGGCUUUUGGUCAAUGCAAAGCCUUCCUUUCAACAUAUCUCAAAGGCGCCGAGACACUUGAAGUGAGUUCUACGAGCAAGGCUGCCGAGCUGGUCAGCAACGACACCUCGGGCGAAUCUGCUGCCAUCUCGAGCGAGCUAGCGGGCAAGCUGUAUCAUCUGGACACACUGGCCAAGAGCAUCGAAGAUCGCGAUGAUAAUAAGACGCGCUUUCUUGUCAUCUCCAAAGACUUUAUCAUCCCUAAGCAGGCUGCGCAGUUGAACUGGCCCCGCGCCGAGAGAACGGGCACCAAGUCGUUGAUUUCCUUUACAGUUCCACACAACGCACCUGGCGCCCUGGCGGACGCUUUGGGCGGGUUCAAGGAGAAUGGAGUCAAUCUGACGAGUAUAAACACCCGUCCGACAGGCAAGGAGGCUUUUCAGUACAUUUUCUUUGUUGAAUUUGAGGGAUCAAGACUGGACGAUGAAGACGGCAGCGUAAACGCCGCUUUGGAAGAAAUUAACAAGGUUGCCGAAUCAUGGAGAUGGCUCGGUAGCUGGGACACAUAUCAGUAGAAAUAAGAGUGCACUAUGAAAAGUCGUCCAUUACUUUACAUGGGAUGGCAAAAUUGGUCACAGACUCAUACAUAAUAUCAACUCCGAUUUGUUAUGGUAAUUUAAGCCUGCGAAACUCUAUAAACAGGCGACUACUCUACUACUGGUCAAUACGACAUAAUAAACAUCCGCUAUCCAGAUUCUAAAUGCGGGAACAAGUUCGCGUCACCCUCACUAAAGCUUCAUCAAUUCACCAUGUCGCCGAAUUUUUACUAUGUACGAAUGUCAAAGAACUGAUGUCAUGAUUGGAUAGAGACAUAUUAUGCAACGGACCAUCGGUCGGCAAGUCGCAUACUCUGUCCGCGAACCCAGAGAACGAGCUGUCAAAUUAAUAGUACCAGUGUACGUAGGUGACCGUUUUGUUCCAAUCAGGUUGCCGCUAUCGC